GCCUGUCUGUGGGUGUCACCAAAGCAUGUGAGUUUAGAUAAAAUGAUACACACCACAUGUCCCGCUGCUCUCAUCAUAAUCUGUCUCACAGGUCUUGUCCCUGGAUCGCAACUAUCAGUGCAACAAACACCUGAGAGAAUAAACACAACUGAGGGCUCGAAUGUGAGCAUCACCUGUCAUAUUGAAGUGGAAUCAAGAGCAGAACGAUUAAUUGUUUUGUGGUUAAAAAAUAAUGGCUCAAAAAUGGACCAUGAAAUAUUUUAUGUUUCUAAGAAUCGAUUCUCUACCUGUUCUACUGGAUAUGUGUGCAUCAACGCAACAUUUCACCUGCCUGCAAUAUAUCUAAAUCAUAGUGGUUUUUAUUACUGCAAAAUAUGGACAGAUUUACCCAUACUUUUUGAAGCUUAUGGAAAGGGGUCCCAUGUAUAUGUGGGUACUUCUCAAACAUGUGUUGAGACUUUUUCAACACUUGUGACGAUGCCAGGUCCACCUUUGACUAUGGGUCCAGCAAACCACUAUGAGAACACAGUGAUGUGGCUACUGCUUUCAUGGUGUGCAAUUCUUUUGCUGGUUAUCAGCAUUGCCUGUGUCAUUCACAUAUAUAACAAAGGACACUGCAGAAGUGAACUUAGAGCAAAAGAGGCCAGCGUUGAUGCUUUCAGUGGAUCUCAGUGCCCGGUUCCUUCUGAAACUAUUGUUGUCUACGCUGCACUAAACAUUCCAAAAUCUCCAAACAGUGCAAAAACAAGAAAUGAGGACUGUGCAGCUCUGGCACCCUCCACAGGGACCUGCACUGAAGAUUCAGUGACAUACUCUGAAGUCCACAUAAAGAAAGGACCAAAGGAUGAAGGUUGAUUGUUCUGUAUUUUUAUUUGACUUUGUUCACAUUGUGAUUUUUUUAAAUCUCUUUUUGACAUUGCAUAUUCAAUGUCAUUUUGAGCUCUGAGAAGAGCUUUUGAGAUAAUUCUGCUUUUGUUGUUAGCAGCCUAUCAACGGAUUUGUCUCAAACAAGUUUGUUAAACUGAAAGCAUGAACAAUGAUUUUGUGAAGACAUUGCUGCAAAUAAAAAACAAAAAUCUGUGCUUUCUGUUUUUAUUUUAAUAUUGAAGCUUGAAUUUCAAAGUGCACAUUUAAAUCUGUAUAAAGCAUGAUCAUGACACAGCACAGUUGAGCUCUUGUUUUCUCAUCAGUGUAGGACUGAAUAUUCGCCCACUCAGUCAAAAAAUGACAGUAUAAGAAAGAUAAAAUAAAGAUGCAGUCAAUAAUAAUAAACCCAUAGAACAAUUUGUAUAAUUGCCUAUACAUACAUGUUAUGAAGGGAAGCGUGGAACUAUCCUCUAUCGUUCUUUCUAGGGAAUAUAGCCAAGGCCUAAUUAAAAUAUAGAGGUUUAAAAGGAUUUAUUAAUUUUCUUUAAAUAUUUUCCCACAAAAGACCAAAAUCUGCAGGUAUCAUGGCAGAAAUACAUGUAUUUCUCAGGUCGUCUGUGUGAUCAGAUUGGAUUUUGUCUUAGUGAUGCAUAUGGAAACACUUUAUUGUGUGCUUUAAAAAAAACUGAUUUUGAGAUAAAUCAGUGGAAAGGUGCAUGCAAACCAAUGGAACAGCUAUAACCGGUGUGUUUUAUGCUUACCAACCCACAGUGAGCAUUAAUGUAGAAAGUGGCAACCUGCAAUGAGGGGCUAUUUCUACCUAACCUAACCCUUAAAAUUAGUUUUGCUGGUGUAGCCUAAUGUAGUCAGGUUGAUUCAAACAUGUUAAAUGUUUUUGACUUGAAUUUAGCUGUUAUCACAUGAGCGCAUUUUUAGGUUAACAUUUUUUCCCAGUGUUGUUUCUUUGUCAGCUCUUUUAUUUCGGUUCAUUUCUUUUUAGAUCAGCUCUUCGUUAAGUGCCCUCAAAACAAACUGCUUUAAAAUUUAACUUAAAUAGGAAAUAGAUGUUUGAACCAUCAAAGAAGAGCAAAGAAAUAAAGAGACAGCUAUGUGUGGUUGCAACAACUUACUAAAUAUGAAUACAAAGUUAAUAAAUAAUAAUAAACAGUUUAUUGACAGAACUGGAAAGUGUUACCUCCUUUGCAACACCAUUUAGAGAUUUAAAGUGCCAGUCAUUUGACGUGCUUCAACAAGUUAAUGCUGUUUCACAUAGAUAGAAAUCUUGUUUCAUUGAAUGUUCUUUGAAUGUUCCUGACAAGUCCGAAAAAGAGAUUUAUAUGUGGGGGUGUUCAGUGUGUGGGUGAUUUAGCACAGAGUCUUCUAUGUGG